UCUUCCAUCCGUUUCUCAGUCGAUUGGUCGAUUCUAUCGUUGCAAGGGUCAUUCGUUCCUACACGCGUCGAUGAUAAGCACAUCGGUACUUUAAACUCGGAUACGAACGAUCGCCACGCGUGCAGAAAUGGCCAGUCUCGCGCGCACCUUGCGCCCUUAUCUGCGCUGCGUCCGCAGCCAGAGGAGGUCCUACGCGGAUGCUGCCGUCAGCGAGCAGAUGAAGUUCACCUUCGCGGGUGCCAAUCAGGUGUUCUACGAUCAAGCCGUAAUCCGUCAGGUCGAUGUGCCCUCGUUCUCAGGCUCCUUCGGUAUCUUGCCAAAGCACGUGCCCACCCUGGCGGUGCUGAAGCCUGGAGUGGUAACGGUGUACGAAGAAGGCGGCGCGACCAAGAAGGUCUUCGUCUCGUCCGGCACAGUCACCAUAAACGAAGACAACAGCGUGCAGAUUCUCGCAGAAGAAGCCCACCCAGUUGAAGACCUCGAUAGCUCCGCAGCAAGAGACAUUCUCAGCAAAGCCCAGCAACAGCUCUCCUCGGCGACGUCGGACAAGGAUAGGGCCGAGGCGGCUAUCGCCGUCGAGGUCGGAGAGGCCCUUGUGCAGGCUACGCAAUAAAUGAUACGGAAUUAUGUACACACACGCAUACCUCACCAUUGUCAACUCAGUCUGAACGGGAGGCAUACGUUCACAGACACACUCUUAGCGCAAUAUACCGCUGUAAUAACGGUAAUAAAAAAAUACGUUAAAUUAUAGUA